UGAUUCAUUUAAGUUUGAAACGAACUAAAUACAGAAGAAGGGUUCAUAAAUUAUUCUCAUCGUGGACAUGGAGGCAAUGCCUAGCUAGUUACAGUUUCCUUACUAAAGCUUCCGUUUUGCCACUGCUUACUGGUGACAUUUGGCUCAGACAUCGACGACAUUAGAAUGGAUGCCACAUAAUCUAACAAACCAGCGUUUGACUAGUUAGCGCACUCCAUUGGGGUUAGAGUAAGCUGCUUGAAUUAACAAACUCGCGCGUGACUAGUGAGGAGGACUAGAAAUCAGUAAACUUAAAAGGAGGGAAUCUGUAACCGUUGCAGACUUGGAAGCUAUAUGACAGACAAUACUGAAGCUUUACAAAGGUUCAUCAAAGUUAAGCAUUAGAGUGACAACAAAAUGGAAGCUGCAAGACAUUCUCAUUCCUCCAUGUCUCUUGUUCCUAGAUUGGAUCAUUUGGAUUUCGUUAUGAAAUAUUUAGAAGGAAAACGACAUUUACCAAAAUGGCGAGGAAAUUGUUCGGUUGGAGGUGCUGGGAGGCAAUCCAUGCCGAUGGAUUUGGCAGUGAAGGAGGCUUGCCUUAAAGGGUCACUGAUGGAUCGAGUGGCAUGUCUUGAACAUAGGCUUUUUCAGCUUUGCUUAGAGUUGGAUUCCAGCAGCACAUCAGCCACUUCAUCACGGGCAUCUGGGUGUGCAUCUUCUGGGCAAGGACUGCCAACUUUCACGCUGGCAACUUUCAAUAAUCCAAAUCAAGGACACAAAGAGGAGUCCCUAGACCAUGCUAACAGGGUUGAACUUCAGGCUCGGGAGAAGUCUCAGAUGCAAGAACAAGAGAGGAAGCAUUCGAAACCUACGAAGCAAGAACUUGGGAAGAAUAGGCCUAACAGAGAUGAUAAGAAAUGCAAAAGUGGGAAGAAGAAAGUGCCUCCCAAAUGGCCUCGCUUGAAACUCUUAGGGUGUUAAUUAAUCUUAAUUAGUGACGACCGCCAUCUCCUCCUCCUACAAGUUAACUGUUUUGUUUCUUUCAGACAACAUUUUUUGAGGUGAAAGUAUUGAUGUCAAGGCAAGAUUUAAGGAGGACCAACCCCUGCUGCGUACAUCGCUUAUUACACUAUAACGCAACAAUUCAGAAUGUUAUGUUGUAAUUAGCGUUUGUACCUUGUGUUGAGGUUUUGCUUUGAUAUAUUCAUUUAUUAAAAAAAAUGUUCAAGUUUAAGAAUUUAA